ACUUUUUCCAAAACAGCUCUUAGGAGUAGUCUUUCCAAAGAGAGAAGUAUUUCCAAACAGAACCUAAACCCCAACGACAACGUCUCCAGUCUUCACCGAGAGACAUAGAUCUCGCCCUCUCUGUUUCACUGAAACUUCAGUGAAUCAAUCAAAAAUGGCCCCAAGACAAGACCCCCAAACAACCAUCCCAACCCCAGAUCAAACCACCACAGCCACGGACUCCUCCGCCUCCUCCAUCGACCCGCUCCUCCACCUCCUCUCCCUCCUCCCCGACUCCUUCCUCCGCCCUCCCCGCCUCCGCCUCAAGCUCCCCUCCCUCACCCUCCCCUCCCCCUUCACCGUCUUCUCCCUCCUCCUCCUCACCUACUUCGUCAUCGUCUCCGGCAUCGUCUACGACGUCAUCGUCGAGCCCCCCGGCAUCGGAUCCACCCAGGACCGCCACACCGGCGCCGUCAAGCCCGUCGUCUUCCUCCCCGGCCGCGUCAACGGCCAGUACAUCAUCGAGGGCCUCUCCUCGGGCUUCAUGUUCGUCCUCGGCGGGAUGGGGAUCGUGCUGCUGGAUCUGGCCUUGGAUAAGAACCGGGCCAGGAGCGUCAAGGUGUCGUUUGCUUCGGCCGGGGUGGCCUCCAUCGUGAUCGGUUAUGUUAUGAGUAUGCUCUUUCUUCGCAUUAAGAUCCCUGCUUAUCUGAGAUGAAUUUGUCUUGUGGGUUUUUCUUUUCGAUACCCUUUUGGGCGGAGUUUAUUUAUCUUUGACCUUUUUAAUUUUGAGGUGUUUUUUUUCGAGUAGAUGUUUCCAUUUUGGAAGUGAAUUUUACGGGUUUGUUUUUUGUUAGACCUUGAGUUUUAUGGAUAAUGCGAAUUUUAAUUCAUGAUUA